GUAUUAACAUUUUUGUAUUUUUGGGAAAAUAUUUGUUAGGAUAGAUUUGGUUUUGGGAAAUAUUUGUAAGAGGUACGAAAGCGGAUGUACGAAAGGUUAACAACUUAAAGGAAUUUCUGCGUAUGGAUUUAGACGGACAUUGGCUUGCCGCGAGGGAAUGCCGAGUCAGCAGAAUGACGUUGAAUGUAUAUCGAACUGCUAACUACAGAAUUUACACUUGCGUGACGGGGGGACGUUUGGAGGUAAAAAUGUCAACCAAACGGUUUAGCAGUAGAAGGGGGUGUGUCCCCUUAGGAUCCCAGCCAACGAGAUCACCCACCUUGGGAUAAGACGUCACUGGAGGCGGACUUACACCCUCCGGGAAAAUAAUGAGUAAGCAUACAUAGGGGUAUAUAACCCAGAGACCAAAUUAGGAAGGGGAUUAUUCUAACAGUAAUUUUGGCCAUUUGCGGCCGUAGGCUCUGUCCAAAUGGACACCGACUCGGCUCCCGGCAACGCCAUCCGUCUGCAGACUCAACGCAAAACCUGCAGACGUGCAUUCAAUAGUCAACACAAGAUGUUGAUCAUCACGCUGAACCUCUUUGUCGCCAUCUUUAUCUUAAUUUGGGCCUACUUCACCAUUAAGACGCGCCAUAUGGCGAGACUGGCGAAGAAAAUACCGGGCCCCAAACAGUCUCCCCUCUGGAAGAAGCUACUUACAAGUCGCCAAAACUCCAAGUCUACGGGUAUGUUCCAAAACAUGGUCCAGAUUUCCAGAAAGUACGAGUCAACUUUUUGCUUUUGGAAAGGAUAUGAACUCUUCGUCUUCGUCCAAGACGUCAAGCAUAUCGCGGUAAGCUGCCAGUUACAUUCCUAGAUUUAUGUGAAGAUACUGCACAGCUGAAGUACAAACGCAAACUGGGGUUCUCCAGACAGCCAAAUCGUGUAGAGAGGCUGUUUGUUGUUACGGAAACCAUCAUCUCUAGGGCUAUC